AUGGGGCUCUUUACAGACGAGAAUGAGAAGAAGCCUUUGCCAGCUUCUGAAAACUUUCAAGACAACACCUUGAGAUCUCCAAACACAUCUCAGCAAUUGGGAAAAUACAUUGUGAAUGGGCUGGAGAUGCUUUCUUUGUCGGACAUUAAGGUUGAAGUGGACAGAAAGAAUGAAGCCUUCGAUGAUGGCAUCUCUGAUGACCACUCUGAGGGAUUAUCUAUGUUUGGCACCAUAUCAGCAGAAAGUAACGGAAAUGAGGAUUGUGUGUAUCUAUCAAGCAUAUACAAGACUUACAUGAAGGUCAAUGAGAAGAUUGAUAAGCUAAUCCGAAGGGAGUACUUCGACAGGACGUUUGUGAAGUGUGUUCUUGAGGAGAUAUGCAGGGGGGAUCUGGAAAAAGCCAGGGGAACCAUAUGCAAGGAGCUUAAGGACAGAGAUCCUCAUUUUUCUGUAGAGACAUACUGCUCUGAGCAAAGGAUAUGCUCUGGAGGGAAUGUGUCACAGAGUAUAAAUGGGUUGCUAGGAGACUUAAGGGACAUUGAGGAGAUAAGUCAUAAGCUUCGCCGGAUGUUUUUUGACAUGAGAAGCAAAAGCUUUGAGGCCGAGUUAGGGUAUGCUAGAUCUAGUAGUGAGGUUGUGAAACAACUGGAUAAGUGUUCAAGAGAGCUAGAAGACUUGAAAAGGAUAAACGGGAUGAUUGCUAAGGAUGUUGUUGGAGCUAUUAAGGACUUUGGAAUUGAUACGAGUGUCAAGGAGAACGACUUUUAUGAUGUUUCAAAAGCUUUAAAGGAUGUGCUUAAGGGUAUUAGGAAGAGAGUCAAGACUAUGGAGUCAAUGAGCCAAGAAGUCGAGAUGAAGGAAAAGGAAUAUGAAAAUGUUUUGAAAGACUACACCGAGCUCAAAGGCAAGAUGGACAGAAUUAUAAACGAGAAUGCUAGCUUUUCAGAGGCAGUGGCAAGGCUCAGUACCAAAAACGCAAAGAUAAGGAAGGAUUAUGACACUCUAAAAGAGGCACUAAAGAAGACGGUCGAGUCCAAUAAGAAGAAGAGCAUCACAAUAGAUAGGCAGAAGAAGAUCAUUGAUGUUCUUCAGAGUAGAAUUGGAGAUGAGUGCAUACUUCCUGUGAACGAGUUGCAAUCAAAGAUUGAUGAGAUAAGAAGAAGGGCUGAUUCUGAGCUUGACCUGAGCAUAAAGAGUAAACUGGAGGAAGAGAUAGCAGAUUAUGAAAGGAGAAUGUCUGAUUUCCUGUCUCUUUUGAAUAAGACAGGCUAA